ACCUCAACAUCUCUGAGGUUUGUAUUUUGGGUUUCUUAUUAUUCACUUCCUCACACUCAGACCUUUACUUCCAGAAUUCAGAUCAAGGAGGGGGAGUAGAAGAUGGGACUCUUCUCUUUCUCUUCCGUAAACAGAUCAGAGCUUUAAAGAGGGAUGGCACUUUCUGAAAGGUGAAAGCACUUCCAGAAGAUCUCACUGGAUUUUCCCCCUCAUGGGUUCUUCUUUUGCAGGAUCUUCUUAAAUUAGGUGUAUCAACAGCCAUGGAUUCUUGUAACAGUGGGAGCUUACAGUCCUCAAGCGGUGGAGAUGAAGAAUAUGACUCACGCAACGAAUCCAUCUCUGCUUUUUUGAAUCCAGCCGGCCACGUCUCUUCCAUCUCAAACCCCUCUCACCACCACCACCUACCACCUCACCACCACCAUCAAACCCACCUUUCAUCAUCGUCUUCUUCAGCUCUGUUUGAACCAAAUCUAUCGAAUUAUCUCGAUGCCUUCUCGAGAUCGCCGCCACCAGUUUCAAACACACCAAAUUCGAUGCUAAAUUUCGACAUGGUGUGGCCCAGAGGCCUAAGAUCUGAACCCACUUGCACCGAAUUCCCUACCGGCGGUCUGAUGAGUUCCUCUUCCCAGACUCAAACCCAACCAGUCCCGGGUGGUCGAGUUGGCCCUUUCCACGGUUCAUCAUCGAUGCCAAUGCCAUUGCAUCCACUACCACCACCGGAGAACGGCUCAAGGCCUUCAGGUUCAUCGGACCAAACCGCACCCAACCCAGUACGUAACUCGAAGAAACGAUCCAGAGCUUCUAGAAGGGCACCUACCACUGUUCUCACCACCGACACGUCCAACUUCAGGGCUAUGGUGCAAGAGUUUACAGGGAUCCCUGCGCCUCCCUUUCCGGCGUCGCCAUUCCCUCGAAGCAGACUUGAUCUUUUCAGCACCGCUUCCACCACCAUGAGAUCCUCCCAUCAUUUAGAUCCUUCCCCUCCGUCUUACCUUUUACGCCCAUUUGCACAGAAGUUUCAUCCACCUUCAUUUGCUUCUUCAGCUUCUACUACCACUUCUUCUUCUUCUUCUUCCAUAGUUGACGUGAUUAAUGCUUCUGCUGCUGCUGCUAACACCACUAGCGGCGGCGGUGCUCCAAUUUUGACCGCCUCGGGUUCUAGUAAUGCUUCCAAUUCAGACUUGGGCCUCACGAAACAGACUCAAAAUCUACUAAACAUGCAGAACCCAAUCCUCACGUUCCAAUCUCUGCUACAAUCUACUGGUCCUUCUCCUCCUGGUCAACCUCCAAGGUACCCAUUAGCCAAUGGACCAGUUUUUGGCACGAAAUCACAAGAAUCAUUACCGAUUCCAUCGAACGAUUCAUCUCAGCUUAGAAUGGGAACCACGGUAAUGGAAAAUUUCACAAUAGGUGGUCAAUCAUGGAAUGGGGCUCAACGAUGGUGAUCAAUCUCAUCAAGCUCAGUUGAAGACAUUUAAUGGGAAUUAUAGCGGUUCACAGCAAAGGGCGAGUAGUAGCUGCAAGAUGAACUACUCCACUUCGUCUUCAGAGUUUCAAGUAGAGAAGGGUUCGGAUAAUGUUUCUUCAAGAGGUGAAGGUAUGGUGGAUUCAUGGAUUUGCUCUUCAGAUUAAUUAGCAACUAUUAUUAUCAUUAUUAUUAUUAUUAUUAUUAUUAUGCAGUAAAAAAGAAUCAUAGAAAUUAAAAGGAAAAGAGAAGGUGGUGAUUGAAGAGGAUAAUGAUGAGGGUGAUGAAAAGGAGGAGAAACUUUUGUCUCUCUCCAUCUUUUAACAACCACACAGCAAGCAAGCAAGCAAAGCAGCAACCCUAUUAUUUCUUAAUUAUAUGUACAUAUUGGUUUCUUAUCUUUAGUUUCUUCAUAAUUCUCAUCAUAUCAAUCCAUAUAGAUUAAUUUCAGAGUUUCAGACACGAAUGAUGGAGGUUUUGAUCUUU